UGACAUUGUUUGAUCAUGCCAUCAGAUGUGGUCACAGCGGAGCGCUGCCAGCGCUCCAUAACCGCUCACAUGUCGGCCAUCGAUGAACAGUGGAAGGAGCGUAUGUCGUGGUAUCCGCAAAUGCAGGCCAAACUCUAUGGUCGGCUUCCGCAGAUCUACUUGGAGAGCCGCCAGAUGUACGGGGACGAGCACUUUCUGCGCUACGCUCGUUGCCGUCGCCUGCACCAGAAGCACACGGUAACCCAGCAGGAUGAGGAGCGGAUUCUGGCGGAGCGCCAGGAGAAGCUCGACGCAGAUGCUAUGAACUUUAAGGUUCCACCCACAGAGUACGGAGAGUACGGCCGCGUCCAGCCCUCACGCCAGUACUUUUGCUAGGCUCCAUCUACAUCCAUUUACAGCUGAAGUUGUUUGCCAU